AUGUCCGCCAGCACCCGCGGCUACGAGCCGUUCAGGUCGAAAAACGCCUCCCAACCCGGCGAAGAACCAUGUCCAGCAAUUUGCGAGAUUCAAGGACAUUUACCCUCGCGGACGUUCGCCAGUGCCAACAAAUCAAGGCGUACACGUGCCUGCCAGCAGGUCACCGUAGGCGUCUUCCUCAGCCUCCUGAUGCUCUGGCCUUUAUUUGUCUAUGGGCUUCCCGUCGCAUUCUUCGCACAAUCGCUUGGCGGAUACUAUAUGACUGUGAAUCGAUUCUGCAGUCAGCGCCAAGGCGAAUUCAGCUUCUUCGAGCCAGACACCGUUAUGGGAAACUUCACCUUGGGCCAAGCCAAGGCCAUCGACCUGGCCUGGAAUACCGUUUUGGGUCGAGGCGGACAGGCAGUCAUGACUUACACGUCUUACAACGCCGUCGCAAACGCCUUAACCCGGAUAGCAGAAACCACUCCGGUCAAGUACGAACUGUUUGCCGGCCUGGCUUUCUAUCCGACAGGCGUGUUCACCUUGGCACACUUGGUCAAGGGCCUUCACAGUCUACGGGGAUGGCGACCCAAAUUCGCCAUGGCUUGGCUGCUCUUCUCUUCCGUCCUCAUACUUGCGAUGCCCAGCCUCAUCGAUGCCUCGAGCGGGUAUAUCCAGCCGCCGUCGCUGUUCUACGUGUCUGGGGUUCCUGGUGAUAACCACGGUCCACUUUACCGUGCAUCCGAGCAAGUACCCCGUGCUCUGCUGUCUGUAAAUGCAAGCGAAGCACCGUACACCUGCAUGGCGGAUGGAGUAUACCAAUGGGGCUUCGCAUCCGGCUGGUUUCUCAUCCUUAUGACGCUCAUGCCUGUGUGGGUCUUUGGCACUUACUGCAUCUGGAUGGACACGCAGCACAACUCCGAGUUGACCCGUAAAGGGCGCACCAUGGGGCCAUGGCGUGCCGUCGUAGACCUUGCAGAGGCAAUGGCUCUAGAGCUGGGGCCACACACGAAUGGAUAUUCAGAUGCACAGCUGGCUAAAAUUCUGGAAAACCGUCCGCCGAUCAAAUACGACGCCCAGGUAGAUGAGAAGGGUCUCAGUCAUAUUGGUCUUGCGCCAAGGUUGUCGGCAAGAUUGAAAUUGUCUUUUGAGGCAAUGUAUGGAUAG